AUGGAUGCUUCAGAGAUAAGACAGAAAAUCUACCGCUUUCGAAUCCUCAUUAUCGGAAGAGCGAAUGCAGGAAAAACCACCAUCCUGCAGAGGGUUUGUAAUACACGCGAGAACCCAGAAAUAUAUGACAGCGCCGGUAAAAAGAUCGAUCCCGCCGUGCUGAUGGCAUCCAGAGAGCGCGGGGUGCACGAUAUCGAGAAUGAAAUGGUGUUUCGAAGCAAUCCGAAAUUUAUCUUUCAUGAUUCACGCGGAUUUGAGGCAGGAGGACAGUUUGAAUUCGACAAGGUGAAGGCUUUUAUCGCAAGUCGUUCUAAGAGGAAACAUUUGAGUGAUCGAAUCCAUGUCAUAUGGUACUGCAUUCCGAUGGAUGAGGAUGGGAGGUCUUUCACGGAAGCGGAAGUCAAGUUUUUCUCUCAGUGCGACACUGGGAGCAUUGCAGUGAUAGCGUUGUUCACUAAAUUCGACGCCCUGUAUGACGAUGAAUUUGCAGAGCUGAUAAGUGAGGGAGUAUCGAGAACAGAUGCUCAAGCGCUGGCUUCGCAGCAUGCCAAAGAAGCAUUCACCAAUGGGCCACAACUAAAGCUUUUGUACAACCAAAAGGGCAACCAAUGUCCUCCGAGAUGUCACAUAUGCCUGCCUGUGCUUGUGUUUGCUUUCCGGCAUUCAGAUAUGGAUAAGGACGAUGCAGACUGCGGGAUACUGAUCGAGCGGACGGCCGAAACUCUGGAUGAUGAUACACUCAAACAGAUAUUUGUCUCGACUCAGCGGAGCAGCUCGGAGCUGUGCGUCAGAUAUGCAGUCAAAAGAACACUUGCACAGCAUCUUGACCUCUCCAAGACAAUCUCGUCGCGCAUAUCUGAGCCAUCCGACCGCCAGAUUGUAGACGACUUGGGUCUAUGGUUUCCAUAUACUCCAGUGAGAAUGUAG